CCGCAUGUACUCGGGCAAGCGCUGGCUGGACGCCCAGGGCGACGCGCUGCCUGGCCGCUGCGUGAUCCGCAGGGUCCGAGUCUCCCCGGAAGCAGAUGUGAACAUGUUCCAGUAUAAAACUAAAAAGGAACUUUAUAAGACACAGAGUGAAACCUUUACCGAGGCAGACUUAAAGUGGUUGCCUGAACUGAACCCCCCUGUGUUCAUGCCCCAGGGGAAUGUGGGAACCCCUGUGAGAGUCUUCCUGGAGCUGAUCAAGGCCUGCAGACUGCCUCCCCCAAUUAUUAAGAAACUGCAGCUACGGUUCCCCAAGACAGGAUCCUCUCGCAGGUACGGGAAUGUGCCCUUUAAUUACCAGGACACUGAGACUGUUGAACAAGAAGAGCUGGUUUAUACAGACACGGGAGAGGAGAUCACAAUGGAAAAGGGAACCCUGGCAAGAACUGGGUCUCAAACUAGCGAUGAGGAAGACAGGGAAGGACCAAGGGAGGAAGAAGCAGAAGAGUCUCACUCAGAUGAUGAUGAUGAUAGGUGUGAAGAGUGGGAGCGCCAUGAGGCUCUGCAUGAGGAUGUAACCAGCCAGGAGCGCACAAAGGAGCGGCUGUAUGAAGAGGAGAUUGAGCUGAAGUGGGAGAAGGGAGGUUCUGGGCUGGUCUUCUACACAGAUGCUCAGUACUGGCAGGAAGAGCAAGGAGACUUUGACGAGCAGACGGCAGAUGACUGGGAUGUGGACAUGAGCAUCUACUACGACAAAGAUGGCGGUGAUAAAGAUGCCCGCGACGCUAUACAGAUGCGCUUGGAGCAGAGACUCCGGGAUGGCUUGGAGGAUGGGUCUGUUUCAGGGCACCAGAUUGGGACCUUUGAGAAAUACACCAAGGGCAUUGGCAGGAAGGUGAUGGAGAGGCAGGGCUGGAUGGAGGGACUGGGUCUAGGGAGCAGCAACUCUGGAAUGGCUGAAGCAUUGGACAGCGAUGGUCAGCAUCCCAGAUGCAAGAGAGGAUUGGGGUACCACGGAGAGAAGCUGCAGACUUUCAGCAAGCCAAAAAAGCGUCGCCGGGACGGCCCACUCCUCAUCUCCACAGUCUACGAUGAGCCCCAACCCGUGGACAGAGGGGACCAGCUGCUUCGGCGCCAGCUGCCCAUUGCCAUGAAGUACAGACAGGACGUGACGUUUAUCCGAGCGACUCCGAGUGCUUACCAGAGCCCCAGUGCCUCAUGAGUUGCUGCUGACCAGAGACUUUGGGAAUCAUUCACUAGAGCAUUAGCAGAACCCUUGUACUGGAACAGCCUCUUCCAUGCUGCUUUGUUACUGGAGGUGGACUUCUGCUGUCUGAUACGAAA